AUGGUGUUCUCUUCAUUGCUAAACAUCGGGGCACAUCUCGCCGGUUUAGCCAGUCGAUCCCAACAUAUUAUUGAUAGCCGUACCUCAAAACAUGAACCAGAGCCGGUCAUAAUUAAUAGUUGGAUUAGCUUCAAAAUAGAUAACGACCAAUACCUCGCUAGGCCGACAAUAUCUGUGAACCCAACUUUCAAACACGUUCACAUCUCAAAAACGCCUUCGACAAGUACUGCCGGUCAUGAAUAUCUCCUACAGAGCUCAAAAGAGGCGCCCAUACUAGCGACAUACAUACAGGUGCCGAAGGACCAGAAAGUCAAUGCAAGGAUGCUGGAAUGGGCAAAGAACAUUUUAGACCAGGACGACGUCUUCCACAUUGACUUUCUUCAGUGCAUCGUUCUUGGCGGCGUCGGUCUGGAUCAUAUGCAUCUGGAGCGUGAUGUGGAGCGUGUUUUUGAGAAAUGGAAUAUUACGCCCAAAGUGGUGUAUGAGCCUGACCUGGGUAUUGCGAGCGGGCCAUAUUAUCUCCUUAAAGGCUAUUUUCACUCGGUAUUUAAAGUCUAUCCUGACAAUCAGCUCGCAUUUGUGCAGGCCCUGUGGCCUUCUCUACAAAAGGAUGGUCGAUUCGUUGAAGUUGAAGCAGCUGGAAAUGCUUAUCGAGCACAUGGGAUUACUGUCCCCUCAAGGUCCUAUUCGGCAACACUGUUCCCAUCAGCGGUCCGCGAGGAUAUCACCAGGCCCCUUGAAGGGUUGAGAGUUGCUGUCAAGGACAAUUAUCACCUUAGCGGUACUCGUACGACUCUCGGAAACCGUGCGUAUUUUGAAACGUAUCCCAUACAACAAAAUACCGCAGAAACGAUAUCUUUAUUGCUGAAAGCGGGCGCUACUAUUGUUGGAAAGACCCAUCUCAGUUCGUUUGCCAUGAUGGAGCAUCCGACUCAAAGUGUGGACUACCAAGCGCCAUUCAAUCCGCGAGGAGAUGGCUACCUAAUCACCGGUGGCAGCAGUGGCGGGAGUGCUGCUGCAAUUGCAGCCUACGAUUGGAUUGAUCUGUCAAUAUGUAGUGACACUACUGGAAGUGCUCGAAUCCCGGCGCUUCAAACUGGGAUCUUUGGGUUCCGUCCUUCAACCAAUUCAAUAUCGGGCAAAGGAUUAGUCAACGCAUGGGCGGGGGUUGACAUGCCUGGCUGGCUUGGAAGAGAUCUUGAUAUUUUCCCCGAUAUCUUUCGAGCUUUACACCCUUUGAGAGAGCAAGGCAACAACGCUUCAACAGAUGAAGGCAAAUUCGUGAUUCUAUAUCCAACUGAUUUUAUGCCUGAGGAGAAUGUCGAACAGCUUCACGCAAUGGACAGUUUCCUUGACGAUGUAUGUAAAGCAACCGGAUGUCCGUGUCAUACUAUCUCCAUCCAAGAUGAUUGGCGCAGCACAGCACCCGUCGAGGAGAAAGAUUUACACCAGUACCUUUACAACCUAAUGCACCAUGGGUGGUAUUAUGCGGCUUAUCACUCGUUCGAUGAAUUUAGAGAUCGAUAUCACGAGCUCCAUGGUCAUGAGCCCUUUGUGACAGAGGUUGUGAGAUGGUACUGGGCCCUGGGCAGCCAAGUCAGCAUGGAACAGCAUACGGAGAUAUUGAAACGCAUGUCCAUUUUUCGGUCUUGGUUUCUGGAGCGAUAUGCAUCGUCCUGUCAAAUGCUCGUGGCAAUUCAUAUUGAUUCCAUCAAACCAAGAUACCGCGAUGAAUACCCUGGCAAUAGCAACCCGGAGGUUCCGGGACUUCGACCGACCUAUCUUGCUGCCAUUCUUGGGGCACCUGAAUUGGCCAUUCCAAUCUCGGAAACUAAAUACGAAUCUCGCAUCACUGGAAAAAGAGAAAAGCUACCGAUAGUGAUCUCCCUUAUGGGGGCUCCAGGAGGCGAUUUGAGGCUUCUUGAAUGGGCCGUGACAGCACUACAUAAGUCUAAUCGCCGCACAAAAGUCCUGCCCGGUAAGGUAGCAUUUUGAAGUUGUAUUGACUGUUUCAUUUGCAGGGUUUGCGUUACUGAACAGACGUUCAGAUUUUUCUCUAAGUGAAGGAGGAGAUGAAUGCAACAAAGUGGUUUCAAAUCUCAAUGAUGCCUGUAAUAAAUAAGUUAAUAUCUAAGGUGAAAUAUUUACCCCUC